CAUCCUUGGGGGAAGGGUCCGCGAAGUGUGAGGGGAGGUGGAGGAGAUGGCGACCUCGGCCCUGGAACAUGGCGCCCGCGGCCAGGAGCGAGGGCGCCGAGGCUGCGAGCACUAUGACAGAGGAUGUCUACUAAAGGCACCUUGCUGUGACAAGCUUUAUACUUGCCGUUUGUGUCAUGAUAACAAUGAAGAUCAUCAGCUAGAUCGCUUUAAAGUAAAAGAAGUGCAGUGCAUAAACUGUGAAAAAAUUCAGCACGCCCAACAGAUUUGUGAAGAAUGUAGCACAUUGUUUGGAGAAUAUUAUUGCAGUAUAUGCCAUCUGUUUGACAAAGACAAGAAGCAGUAUCAUUGUGAAAACUGUGGAAUUUGUAGGAUUGGUCCAAAGGAAGACUUUUUCCACUGUUUGAAAUGUAACUUAUGCCUGGCUAUGAAUCUCCAAGGAAAGCACAAGUGUAUUGAAAAUGUUUCCCGGCAGAAUUGUCCAAUAUGUUUGGAGGACAUACACACAUCCCGUGUUGUUGCUCAUGUCUUGCCAUGUGGACAUCUUUUACAUAGAACGUGUUAUGAGGAAAUGUUGAAAGAAGGCUACCGAUGUCCAUUAUGUAUGCACUCUGCUUUAGAUAUGAGUAGGUACUGGAGGCAGCUGGAUAAUGAGGUAGCACAGACUCCUAUGCCAUCAGAAUAUCAGAACAUGACUGUGGAUAUUCUCUGCAAUGAUUGCAAUGGGAGAUCUACAGUCCAAUUCCAUAUAUUAGGCAUGAAGUGUAAUAUUUGUGAAUCCUACAAUACUGCUCAAGCUGGAGGACGUAGAAUUUCACUAGAUCAGCAAUGACAAGCCUAUACUGCACUGGAAAACUCAGCAUUUUCUGAUAUAGAAAAAGGCUAUCUUUAGUAUCCUGUUGUCAUGUGUCAGAAUCUACACAUUAGAGUUGGUGUGUUUUGUACAGGUGUCACAGCAUAAAAUCAUACUACAAGUACUUCAGGAUUCAGGGUCUCUUUAUAGAAUUAUUGUAGCUCUAUAUUGGAUGAAAGCACCGUGCUUGUAUUUUGAUUGGAAAUUCCUAUAGUGUCGGUUGUUAGGAAGUCGGUGAUGUUUGCUGCUGAAAUUCACAUCCACCGAAGUUUGUUAUACUUCCAUGGAACUUUGCUGUAAGUGACACUGUGCAUGCAGGGUUCAUUUAUAGUUCUUGAUAGAACUGCACUUAAUUAUCAAUAUUCCUGACUUUUUAAGGGCUAUAUAAUGCAAAUAUGUUCUUACUGUUAAAAUUAAUUACAUUUCCUUUAGAAUUUUUUAAGACAGUCCUUUGGAUCCUGUAAAUGUGAAUUUUGAUGUAAUAACUGCUAAUAAAAUUAUAUCAAAACAGUG